CCGUGCCACAUUCCUGCUUUUCCCCAGCGGUGACCCGGGCGUGUUUGUCACCCAGAGUGUCCCCAGAGUGUCCCCGGAGGGUCCCCAGAGUGUCCCUGGAGCGUCCCCAGGGGCCAUGGAGCCCCUCGAGCUGUCCCUGGCCCUGCUGCAGCCACAGGUCACCAUGGUGGCCACCCUGGGCGAGCUGCUGGCCACUCUGCCCGGGCGGGAUGAGAUGAUGCGGCUGUUCGUGUCCUCAAAGUGCCCAUACUGGGACCUGGAGGAAUUCACCAGGGUGCUCAGGGCCACCAUCAAGCGCAUCGAUGACACCUGGUGGUGCCGAAAUGUCACCUUCGAUGAUGAUGACCCUGUCACCUCCAUGAGCUGGGCCAUGGCUGCCUACAAGAGCACCUCAUGGACCGCCUGGGAAUGUGCGAAAACGGCGGCCAUCGUGUGGCAGGCGUCCUUGGAUGUGCUCAUGGAGAGGUGGGUCGAGCUGGCCAGGAAGGCCACCAAGCUCCGUGACACCUGCAGGAAGGUGGUCACAGAUCAGCAGCUGAUGGUGGCCCUGGACAAGAAGAGGGUGGCCCGGGAAAUGGCCACACAUGAUGCCCAUGUGGUGGCAGCUACCAACGAGGCCAUGGGAGAGUCUGUGGUGGCCACCAGGUGGGCAAUGGACGCCACCAAGAGGGGACAUUGGGCAAAGGUGGCCCUGGGGCUGCUGCGGUGCUUGGUGGUUGCGUGUGACAAAGCCACCUUGUUCAACUGGAACAUGGAGUGCCGGCUCAAGGACAUCGAGGCCAUCCUGAAGGGGACAAAUGAGGUGUCCCCUGAUGUCCUCCAGGCCUUGGUGGCCAAGGUGGCCGAGUUUGAGUGGCUGUGGGUGGCCAGCACCCACCUGGCCAAGGAUCACCUGCUGGGGACACUUGGGGUCAUCGACAACAUCCUCUUGAGUCCCUGUGGUGACCAUGGUGGCCCCAUUGGCCCCAGCAGCGGUGUGGUGGCCAAGCGGUGCCAAAAAGCCAUCAAAGACAUCCCAAGGCUGCUGUUGUGGUGGUGUUUGUAGGUCCCAGGAUGAGAGAAGAGAUGAGAAUCUGAUUCCAUUUUUCUGGACGAUUUAUUGUUUUAUGAUAUGAUAUUAUAUUAUAUUAAAAACGCUAUACUAAAACUAUACUAAAGAAAUAUAGAAAGGAUACAUCAGAAAGGUAGAAAAGAAUGAACAAUAAAAACCCGUGACAGAGCAGAUAGUCCGACACAGCUGGUUGUGAUUGGCCGUUAAUUAAAAACAA